AUGAGAACUCAUACAGGAGAGAAACCAUUCAGCUGCUCAGUGUGUAAAAAAUCUUUUGCGCAGAGUGGAUGUUUACAUAAACACAUGAGAAUUCACACAGGAGAGAAACCAUUCAAUUGCUCAGUAUGUGGUAAAGCGUUCACUGAAAGAGGAAAUUUGAAGGUACACAUUAAAACGCACACAGGUGAGAAGGCUUUCAGCUGCACAUUUUGUGAGAAAUCUUUUGCACAGAAGGGAAAUUUACAGAAUCACAUGAGUAUCCACACAGGAGAGAAAGUAUUGAGCUGCUCAGUUUGUGGUAAGCAAUUUUUGGGCAAGCAUCGUCUGAAGCAACACAUGAUGAAUCAUACAGGAGAGAGACCUUUCAGCUGUUCAAUAUGUGGUAAAGCUUUCAUUGAAAGAGGAAAUAUGAGGAGACACAUGUUGACUCAUACAGGACAGAAAUCUUUCAGCUGUUCAGUGUGUGAUAAAGGUUUCAUUGACAGUGGAAGUCUGAAGAGACACAUGGUUACUCAUACAGGAGAGAAACCCUUCAAUUGCUCAGUGUGUGGGAAACGUUUUAUACAGAAAGUGCAACUGACAAACCACAUGUCAGUCCACACAGGGGCAAAACGAUUCAGCUGCAGUGCUUGUAACAAAACAUUUGCUUGGCGUCCACGGGUCAAAAGACAUAAAUGUGUUGGUAGUCAGUCCUCACAGCUCUCCUCACAAACUGAGGAGAACAGAGAGGCAGAGCCUCCAGCCAGCAGCUCAACUCAACACAUGGAAACAGAAGUUAAUGGAGAGGACUGUGGAGGACCAGAACCAGCCAGGAACUCACAUCCAGAUACACAUUUACAACCAGACACUGAGAACAAGACUGGAGACUUUUCUGAACCUGAGACUGAUGAUAGUGAUGAUUGGAGGGAGACCAGAGAACCUCAGUCAGGUUUAAACUCUCUGAAAAAUGAUCAAGUCCCUGUCAGGGAGAGACCAUUCAGCUGCUCUGAGUGUGGGAAAAGAUUUGGCACUAAGGAAAGUCUGGCCACACACAUGAGAUCUCAUACAGGAGAGAAACCAUUCAGCUGCUCUGAGUGUGGGAAAAGAUAUGUCUGCACA